AUGGCGGAAGAUAUUAACAAAGAUGCAGCGCAACCCUGGACAGCCCUUCCCUCGUCAUGGCGACCUCAACCGAGGUUCUCCAGUCUAUCUCGGAGUGUAUCUGAGAGGGAGGUUAAAGACGGAGGGACCAGUAGUUUGAUAACUGCCGUAUCAACAACCUCUCUUACCUUACCGGGUGCACCGCGUCGCGAUUAUCAGGAGGGCGAAGAAUGGAUCAAGGGCGCAUUGCUUUGUACCUGGGGAGCAGGCAUAGUCCUUGCCCUAAACUUCGUUAUGGCGAUUGUGGCAACGGGGAUCAGCUACUCUAAACCGUCAAACAAGAGACGAUUCCAGUCAAUCGCGUUAUACGAUGGGAACUGUUCGGUUUCAAGUCACUGGGCGACGGGAUUGCAUUUGCUCAUCAACCUUCUCAGCACCCUGCUCCUGGCGGCCAGCAACUAUGUCAUGCAGUGCUUAGGCGCCCCGUCGCGUUCGGACGUCGAUCAGGCCCACAAGCAACGCAAAUGGCUCGAUAUUGGCACCUUUAGCGUGCGAAAUUUCGCUGUGAUGGACACGAGGAGAAAGAUACUGUGGACGCUUCUGCUGCUAAGCUCAACCCCCAUCCACAUGAUAUAUAACUCGGUGGUUUUCUCCUCCAUCUCCAUGCUUGAAUACGCUACGGUUUUGGUCCCCGAGGACUUGACGUCCAGUGAGCCAUUGGUUGAAGGAAAGGAUGACACAAACAGCUUCAUCCGUCAGGUGGGCACCAGUCCCGUUGAUCUUCAAGCUGAGAUCUCCAACGGCACCUUUCAAACCAUGAGCGUCAAGGAAUGUAUAAACAGGUAUAACGUGGAAUUCAAUACUCAACUUGGAACCCUCAUCUUCACUACCGACCGGCACCACUUUCAUAACACAGGCAGUCUUCACGGCGUGAUCGGUUACUCAGUAUCCUUAGAUAUAACGAUAUACGAUGAACUGGGAGUCACGGAUGCGCAAGCGAUAAACGAUAGUAGCGUGACGGUGCAUGGUCUGCAUUGGACGUACCUUCCUUGGAACUUCACCGUACCGGAUACGCUUCCUGGGAAACGCACCUUCUUCACCCUCCAUGAUAUGGACUAUCUAUGUGACAAUGAUGAAUACAAAAAUGAUAUCUUAGAGCACGACCUGGACACGCUUCACGUUUAUCUGGCCACCUACAACCCUGACCGGCAGGCGCUGAGUACAUAUCUGAAGACCCCUACACACUGGGCGAAUAGCUCUUGGGCAGCAAACCUCACGUUUGAGCUGGGUCAGGACCCAGUCUAUCCACCCUCUGUGUCUAACGACAGUGUAGAUCGUGCCACACGGGUUUCGCUUUCCCGCUGCAUGACCAAAGACAAGGACCAACGUUGCCAAUUAUUUUUUAGCCCACCUAUCGCCAUAGCGGUAAUUGUAUCUAACGUGAUCAAGGUAGUCUGCAUGUAUCUCACAGCCCGGACGGGUAGGAAGAAUAUUCUCUUGACUGUCGGCGACGCCCUCGCCUCGUUUUUGACGACACCAGACCCAACUACUGAAGGAAAAUGUCUCCUGUCGCGGGCAGACGUAUCUCGUGGUCAAGAAUCAUGGACCGCAGUGACGAUCUGGUCAAGUCCUAAUCGGUUCAAGGGAUACUAUCUAGAGCGGUCUAAGGGCAGUACGGCAGACAUUCCCUUGGUAGAGACUUCUUCCGAAGCAGAUUCUUCUGCGGAUUACCCCAAGAGGCUCCCAGAGAGGAAGCGAUGGUAUCAAGCUGCCAGUGUCAAGCGCUGGACAGCUACUCUCAGUUUUUUUACUUGCUGCUUAGCAACCUCUGCCCUCGGAUUUGGAAAGGCCACCGGCCAGACCAUGAUCCAGAGCACUAGCAUCUCGUCCACCAUAAUCUCACUAGUGCUGCUGAGCAACACGCCACAGAUUGUGCUCUCCAUCCUCUAUUUCCUCUGCAACGGCCUCAUGACCUGCAUGCGGAUCGCCGCCGAGUACGACGAUUACGCCACCCAGCGCAAACCUUUACGGGUCUCCUGGCCCCGAGGCGAGCAGCGCUCAACAUACUACCUCAGUUUGCCCUAUCGCUACAGCGCCCCUCUCAUUUUCUUCUCCGCCGUAAUGCACUGGCUCCUGUCCCAGAGCAUCUUCUUCGUCCACAUCCAAGUAUACGACGUACACGACCAACUAUCUCCAACGUCCUUUCGCGGCUGCGGCUAUUCGCCCAUCGCAAUUUUCAUUGUCCUCCUCGUCUCUUCUGUUGCUCUAUUAGCUCUUCUUGGGGUGAGUUCCCGACGGCUCAAAUCCCGCAUGCCACUAGCGACGCAUUGCAGCGCCGCUAUCAGCGCCUCCUGUCAUCCCCCGCCGGGUGAUCGCGAUGCCGCUCUGAAGCCGGUGAUGUAG